AUGGUGGUCCCCUAUGGAUGUCCCGAACCACCUCACCAUCGGAAGCAGGCAUUCGACGUUGGUGAACACGGCAUGGGGCUGAUGGCUAACUCAUUUAGGCUGGGAUGCAAUUGCAAAGGUGCCAUCCAAUAUCUCGACGGGGGGAUAUCUGACCAGCAGGGCGCCCCGGUCGUUGUGAAGAAUGCUAUCUGCAUUCACGAGGAGGAUAAUGGGUUGCUUGUCAAAGAUACGGACUUCCGAGAUGCUCGCUCAAUCUCAGCACGGAGACUGAUCAUUUCUCAGAUUGUCACAGCCGCGAACUAUGACUACGGUUCCUAUCAUACAUUCACACUUGACGGUACCUACAAGCUAAGAGGUCAGACGGCAAAUCCAUAUGGGACGGAGGUAGCUCGCGGGGUCAUAGCUCAUAAUCAUCAACAUGUCUUCUCCUUGAGAAUCGAUCCUGAGAUUGAUGGGAUGAAAAUCGAAGUUCGCGAGUGCGAUGCUAUACCCCUUCAGUACACGGAUGACAGCAAGACCAACCCUUACGGCGACGGAUUCUUUUGCCAGCAGCGGGCAGUUGAAGGUGACCUUUUGUGCCUGGUCGAGGACUAA